CAUGCACCGCUUUCUCUUUAUUAUCAAAACCAGUCAAACAAGUACUCAAAGGGUCAAGCAACCAUGGCCUCUAUAACCAAACCUUUAUCCAUCUUCUUUUUCUCCACUAUCUUCGUCCUCUUCACCUCCUCCUCUUUUAUUUCCUCCUCCGCCCCAAAACCCCAGCCGUGGCCUCUUCAAUUCCACGCCGUUCUCUUCAUGAACUUCACCGGAAUUCUUCAGAUGAUCGACCUCUGGUACGACUGGCCCAACGGCCGGAACUUCAACAUAAUCCGGAGCCAAUUGGGCGGCCUCCUUUACGACCUCGAAUGGAACAAUGGAACGUCGUUUUUUUACUCUUUGGAACCGGAAAAGAAGGAGUGCAGAAGCGCGCAACUGGAGGUGGGCAUUCUGCGACCGAACUGGCUCGACGGAGCGGAGUAUCUGGGACAGCAACACGUGGAUGGGUUUGUUUGUAAUGUUUGGCAAAAAGUUGGGUUUAUUUGGUAUUAUGAAGAUAUUGUCACUAAAAGACCUGUUCAUUGGAUGUUCUACACUGGGAGAGAAGCUCAUGUGAUGACAUUUGAAGUGGGGGCAGUGCUUGAGGACGAGAAAUGGCAGGCCCCUGUUUACUGCUUUACAAAGAAACAAAUUGGUGAAGAAUUAGAGCAAGAACAACCCAAUUUCAUCAGGGGUGCUUUAGAAAAAAGAUUGGUUGAUGGGGCUCUUAAAAGUUUUGUGCUUCUUUAGGGGAUUCAUAUGUAAUUGUGCUUCCAUGCUUCUCCAUGAUGAAUGGCUUCAAAAGGAGUUUGUUGUUGUAGAGCUUUUGUUGAAAGUCUAUUCAACAAGAAAAUAACAGUGUUUGCAGCCUCUGCCUAGACUUAUUUAGGCAAACCCUUCUUGAGUAGCACCCAUCUGGUCAUUACCAUAAUUGUUCUAUUUUUCCUUUCACCCACUUUAUUUUGUUGUGGAGUAUAAGAAACCGCCAACUGAUGCUAUAUGCCUACUUCCUCAACAAAAUUUGUUGAAUUACUAUGAAGUAUACUCUUUGCCAUUGUCUGAUUGUAACACCUGCAUUUUGCAGCUGAUUUGAUUUCCAAUCCAUGCUUUGAAUUUCCAAAACACAACACCACCCUUAGAUUUAAACUGAAUUUCUAACAACUAAAAAUUCUUCUUCAAGUGAUACACUCAGCGUUUUCUCCAAGUAAUCUACAGUCUACUCAACAUCACCUCUGUCGCGUCUUGAAGCACACAUUCAACAUGGAGUGGUGAGGAGACUGUCUAAAUGAGCAUCUCCUUACAUUAUCACUUUAGUGUGCUUAAUGUAUUAAAACAUUUAGAUUUAUAUUCCAAAAUGCAUGCAUUGAGGAAACAUCUACACGUUUUCUGAGACAUGAAAGCAGAAAAUUAUUUUAUAAAAAGAUUACAGAUCAAGCUCUAAGUUUGUAAUUAUGAAAUCA